AUGGAUAUGAUGGAUGUCCUCGCGGCACCGGGCGACCAGGAGAAGCCCUUUGCCUGUCCUACGUGUGCCGUGCGCUUUACAAGACAGGAGAAUCUGACGAGACAUACUGCCUCCGUUCAUCGCCAGCCAAACCUCAAGCGUUAUUCCUGCUCACAAUGUGGUGUUGGCUUCGCACGGAGUGAUCUUAGAAAGCGGCAUAUCAGGAAAUAUCACUUAGUCGAAAGCCCAUCCAAUGAUACUGACGGCCCUAACAAUGGAUCCAAGCUAUCGACACCCGUCCAGCCGUCAAUUCCAGCUACUACUUCGACUUCUGGAACAUUUGCUAAGCAGAAUGUAGAUACUGCCUCUAUUCAACGUGAGGCGUGUGAAAGACCACCCAUGCCGCAAUCGUCGGCUGCAUUUUCAGCAUCCAACAUCUCAUGGAUCUUCAAACUUCCCUUAUUCAUAUCAGCCUAUUUCGAAGGCUUUCAACCCAUCCUGCCGGUUAUCCAUCAACCUACAUUCGACGCUGCGUCGACACCAGAACCUCUUCUCCAAGCAGUAGCCUGCAUUGGUGCCAUCUACCAUGCCUCCGGUGACCAUGGCGAUAUCAGCCUUGCACUAAUACAGUCUGGCAUUCAGUCUCUAGAUUCAUACGUAGAGACACAUGGGUGUGCCGGUUUCCGCGAAGUGUGGGUUCUCCAAGCCUACGUGCUGUUCGAGUACUUCGCAUUUCAUAGUUGCGAUGAUAUCCUCUUUGAAAUGGCUCUGGGCAUUCACCGGAGGCUGGUACAUGCACUAAGGAAAUAUCAGCUCCUCCAAGACAGCCAGCCGAGCGAUGGCCUGGCCGUAAUUCCGGAUCUGGAGUCGCUCCUGUCAGGGGCCUAUGUCGAGCGAGACUGGCGCUCUGCUGUUACAAUCGAGGCACGUAAACGUGUUAUAUACUCCCUCUACUAUCUAGACGUCCAGAUGUCCAUCUGCUGCAACAUCCGACCCCUUCUGACCGCACUGGAAAUAAAAUACGACCUCCCCUGCAGCGAGAACAUCUGGUCUGCGCCAACAGCGUCCGCAUGGCAGGCUUUCGUUCUCGAUCAGGACUGUUCCCUCAACGAAGCAGAAGACGACGCCGCAAAUCGUAACCCCCGGCCAGCGCAGGGCGAUCUCUACAGCACUCUCAUGCACCUUAUGAGCCCAGCCCCUCCUGGUAAACGUCUAGGCCUGCUGUGGAGGUCUGCCUUUGCGGGACUUGUUCUGGUAAUGCAAAUCCAGAUGAUGGUCCGGGACUUGAUCCUAGGGAGUACCUUUCUCUACCACAACAUCCGAAGCCAAGAUGAUAAGGAAAGACGUCGUCUGUCAAUUGUACCCGAGUCCGCCCGGGCCCAGGUCAUGGAGGCGCUGAACACUCUCGCUGACCUGAUGCCGACUGUACAGCAGGUCCAAGAAACUACAGAGGCAAACCUCGGUCAUCACGAAUUGGACGGAGCGGCCACAGCUGAUGUCGGUCUGUGGAACCAGGUGUGGAUCGCAUGGCACUACACAGUCCUAUGUUUAACGCACCAGGACGGACUGCUCACCAAUGGAGUUGUCGAAUACGGACUGCCAACUGCAAUUUCAACCUCAUGGGAGUUGGGGAAGCCGAGGUCAAAGCAUCUGCGAGAUGUUUACGAAGACCGAGAUGUAAUCAGGGUAGCUGCCAGUCUGGAAAAUAUCCAAGGUCUUCUCAUGGAUUCUGUCGGCGUUGUGAAUCAAGGUACCGACCGCGUGCCGGAGGAUCCAUUCAUAACCAUACUGGGCUUCAAGUCGUGUCUAAUGGGAUGGCGUACUGUGCGCCUGCUGGCUCUUGGACUUCAAGAACGCUCUGGCUCUCAUUCAAAUGUCUACAAGAUCUCAGCGAGGGUUUUAAUGCAGAACAUAUUGACUUCAAUAGGACUAAAGGACGAGAAGGUGAGCAGACAUGCAGACGGGCAACAAGGAGUAACUCCUGGGAGCGCAAAAGGCUUUUCCAUUCUUAAUGGAUACGAAGCCCAAUAUCUUUCAUGCGUCGAGGCGGUGGUUGCAAAGAGAAACAUGUGGCCCGUCACGACCUGGAUUGAAGCGGUUUUUGCGGAGGCCGGUGCUUCGACUUCUUGA